AUGGCGGAAUGUAGCCGAGUUGACAGCAGCAAGGCGAGUGGUCAUACAAUGGAUAAAAGCAUCACUCUCCCUCCAGACGAAAUAUUCCGCAACCUGGAGAACGCCAAGCGGUUCGCCAUCGACAUAGGAGGAUCGCUCACAAAGCUCGCCUACUAUUCCACGGUGCAGCACAAAGUGGCCAAAGUUCGAUCCUUCGACCACUCUGCGAAGGAGGCGGUCGGUGACAAACUGUACGAGAUAUCCGUGCAGGAGGAAGUGACGGCGCGCCUGCACUUCAUCAAGUUCGAGAACGCGUAUAUUGAAACGUGCCUAGACUUCAUCAAAGACCACCUGGUCAACACGGACACCAAAGUCAUCAAAGCCACGGGCGGCGGGGCGCACAAGUUCAAAGACCUCCUGGAAAGCAAACUGGGACUCAGAGUGGACAAGGAGGAUGAGAUGACGUGUCUCAUCAAGGGAUGCAACUUCGUGCUGAGGAACAUUCCCCACGAGGCCUUCGUGUACGCCAAACACGCCGACUCAGAGUUUCGCUUUCAGACGACUCACCCGGACAUCUUUCCUUACCUGCUCGUCAACAUCGGCUCCGGGGUGUCCAUCGUCAAGGUUGAGUCCGAGGACAGAUUUGAGCGUAUAGGAGGAAGCUCAAUAGGCGGAGGGACCUUCUGGGGCCUUGGGGCUUUGCUCACCAAAACAAAGAGAUUUGACGAGCUGCUGCAGCUGGCCUCCAAGGGGCAGCACACCAGCGUGGACAUGCUCGUCAAAGACAUUUACGGAGGAUCCUAUGGAUCUUUGGGACUCACUGGGGAUCUGAUUGCCAGCAGCUUCGGAAAGUCUGCCACUGCUGACACAGAGUUCUCCAAAGAAGACAUGGCCAAGAGUUUACUCCACAUGAUCAGCAACGACAUUGGGCAGCUGGCCUGCCUCUACGCCAAACUCCACGACCUGUCGCGGGUCUACUUUGGAGGGUUCUUCAUCAGAGGACAUCCAGUCACCAUGCACACCAUCACCUACAGCAUCAACUUCUUCACCAAGGGCGAAGUUCAAGCCUUGUUCCUGAGACACGAAGGCUAUCUGGGAGCUAUCGGAGCGUUCCUCAAAGGAGCAGAGGAGGACAAUCCGAACCAGUACAGCUGGGGAGAGAAUUACGCAGGAAGCUCGGGACUGAUGAGUAUAUCUCCUGAUAUGAAUCCCAUGCAACGUCCGCGAAGCGGAACGUUUGACAUGCUGGAGAUGGACCGGCUGGAGCGGCAGCUGGUGAAUCUGUCUCUGCUGCAGAACCCCUCGUCUUACAUCCCCGACACGGUGGACCUCACAGCGGAUGCCCUCGCCCGCGAAUACUGGCUGGACUGCUUCGAGGAGGCGUUAGACGGGGUGGUGAAGAGGGCGGUAGCAAGCCAGCCCGACAUGCCCGAGUCGCUGGAGCGAGCUGAGAAGUUCCGUCAGAAGUACCGACACAAGCUUCAGACCCUGCGCCACCAGCCCUUUGCUUACGGAUCCCUCACUGUCAGAAGUCUGUUAGACACGCGGGAACACUGUUUAAAUGAGUUCAACUUCCCUGACCCCUACUCCAAGAUCAAGCAGAGGGAGAACGACGGCGCUCUCAAGUUCUACCAGAAAGCCGUGCAGUCUCUGGAGGCGCUGAGCUGGGAGGAGAGACAGUUUGCGCUGGUCAGGGGCGUCCUGGCCGGGAAUGUCUUCGACUGGGGAGCCAAGGCCGUGUCCGACGUCCUGGAAUCCGACCCCGAGUUUGGUUUUGAGAAAGCCAAAAGGCAACUGGAAGAAAGACCCUGGCUUGUUGAUUCAUACGACCAGUGGUUCCGCAGACUUAAGGGGCGCCCUCACAAGUGUGCCUUGUUUUUCGUAGAUAAUAGCGGAGUGGACAUCAUUCUCGGGGUGAUGCCUUUUGUCAGGGAGCUUCUCUCUCGGGGCACGGAGGUUGUCCUGGCCAGCAAUUCGGGUCCGGCUCUAAACGACGUCACAAACGGAGAACUGCAGAUUCUGACGGAGAAGAUUGCCGCCAUGGAUUCAGUCAUCCAGGCGGGGCUGCGGGAGGACCGGUUGACUUUGAUCCCGAGCGGUUCCAGUUCUCCCUGCUUGGACCUGAGCCGUCUGGACAAAGUUCUGGCCAUGGUGGCGCGGGAGCGGAACACGGACCUGGUGAUCAUCGAGGGCAUGGGCCGAGCCAUCCACACCAACUACUACGCCACGCUCAGCUGCGAGAGCCUCAAGAUGGCCGUCAUCAAGAACUCCUGGCUGGCCGACCGCCUGGGAGGGAAGCUGUUCAGCGUGGUCUUCAAAUACGAGGUGCCGGCGGGGAAAGACUGUCCGACGGAGGCCGCCGUGCCCACGUCACCGUGAGCUCACCAGGACUGAAGGCGCGGCGAGGCCGGCGUACUGAAUGUAAGGACGUGAGUGAAUGUUUUUAAGGCAAUCAGGCACAGGGACCUACUUCUUCUACUUCAGCACACAUGCUGCGGUGAUCCCAUCUCACAAAGAACAUGCACUUCUCUGGACAGCCACUUGGUGUCACUCUGCAUCCUGGAGGAUUGUUGGCAAGACAGACAGUAUGAAUGCAGCAUAUUCCUUUAAUAGCCAUAAAGUGAGUGGGAGCCCCUUUGCCCACUAAAAUGGUAAGUCAUCAUUAUUCCAUGAAAAGUCUUCAUUAUGAGAUGAAAAGUCAUCAUUGUGAGAUAAAAAGUCACAAUUAUGACAAAAAUUCAUCAUUAUUCAAUGAAAAGUCAUCAUUGUGAGAUAAAAAGUCACAAUUAUGACAUAAAUUCAUCAUUAUGAGAUGAAAAGUCAUUAUUGUGAGAUAAAAAGUCAUCAUUGUGAGGUAAAAAAGUAAUCAUUGUGAAAUAAAAAGUCCAAAUUAUGAGAUAAAAAGUCAUCAUUGUGAGGUAAAAAAAGUAAUCAUUGUGACAACAAAAAGUCCAAAUUAUAAGAUAAAAAGUCAUUGUGAAAUAAAAAGUAAUCAUUGUUAGAUUAAAAAGUCAUCAUUAUGAGAUAAAAAGUCCAUCCAUCCAUCCAUUUUCUACCGCUUAUUCCCUUGGCUUCAGCGCCCCCCGCAACCCCGAAGAGAUAAAAAGUCAUCAUUGUGAAAUAAAAAGUCAUCAUUGUGAGAUAAAAAGUCAAUUAUGUGAUUAAAAAAAAUCACAAUUAUGAGAUAAAAAGUCAUCAUUGUAAGAUAAAAAGUCAAUUAUGAGAUAAAAAAAAAAUCCAAAUUAUGAGAUUAAAAAAAUCCAAAUUAUGAGAUAAAAAGUCAUCAUUAUGAAAUAAAAAGUCAUCAUUGUGAGAUAAAAAGUCAUCAUUGUGAAAUAAAAAGUAAUUGUGAAAUAAAGAGUCAUCAUUGUGAGAUUAAAAAAGUCAUCAUUGUGAGAGAAAAAGUCAAUUAUGAGAUAAAAAAUCCAAAUUAUGAGAUAAAAAGUCAUCAUUGUGAGAUAAAAAGUCAAUUAUGAGAUAAAAAAUCCAUCCAUCCAUUUUCUACCGCUUAUUCCCUUGGCUCCAGCGCCCCCCGCAACCCCGAAGAGAUAAAAAGUCAUCAUUGUGAAAUAAAAAGUCAUCAUUGUGAGAUAAAAAGUCAAUUAUGAGAUAAAAAAAUCCAAAUUAUGAGAUAAAAAGUCAUCAUUGUGAGAGAAAAAGUCAAUUAUGAGAUAAAAAAUCCAAAUUAUGAGAUAAAAAGUCGUCAUUGUGAGAUAAAAAGUCCAAAUUAUGAGAUAAAAAGUAAUCAAUGUGAAAUAAAGUCAUCAUUGUGAGAUAAAAAGUCAUCAUUGUUAAAUAAAAAGUCUUCAUUGUGAGAUAAAAAGUCAAUUAUGAGAUAGAAAAUCCAAAUUAUGAGAUAAAAAGUCCUCAUUGUGAAAUAAAAAGUCAUUGUGAAAUAAAGAGUCAUCAUUGUGAGAUUAAAAAAGUCAUCAUUGUGAGAUAAAAAGUCAAUUAUGAGAUUAAAAAAAUCCAAAUUAUGAGAUAAAAAGUCAUCAUUGUGAGAUAAAAAGUCAAUUAUGAGAUAAAAAAUCCUAAUUAUGUGAUUAAAAAAAUCCAUCCAUCCAUUUUCUACCGCUUAUUCCCUUGGCUCCAGCGCCCCCCGCAACCCCGAAGAGAUAAAAAGUCAUCAUUGUGAAAUAAAAAGUCAUCAUUGUGAGAUAAAAAGUCAAUUAUGAGAUAAAAAAAUCCAAAUUAUGAGAUAAAAAGUCAUCAUUGUGAGAGAAAAAGUCAAUUAUGAGAUAAAAAAUCCAAAUUAUGAGAUAAAAAGUCAUCAUUGUGAGAUAAAAAGUCAUCAUUGUUAAAUAAAAAGUCUUCAUUGUGAGAUAAAAAGUCAAUUAUGAGAUAGAAAAUCCAAAUUAUGAGAUAAAAAGUCAUCAUUGUGAAAUAAAAAGUCAACAUUGUGAGAUAAAAAGUCAAUUAUGAGAUAAAAAAAAUCCAAAUUAUGAGAUAAAAAGUCAUUAUUGUGAGAUAAAAAGUCAUCAUUGUGAGAUAAAAAGUCAUCAUUGUGGGAUAAAAAGUCCAAAUUAUGAGAUAAAAAGUCAUCAUUGUGAAAUAAAAAGUCAUCAUUGUGAGGUAAAAAAAGUAAUCAUUGUGACAUAAAAAGUCCAAAUUAUAAGAUAAAAAGUCAUUGUGAAAUAAAAAGUAAUCAUUGUUAGAUUAAAAAGUCAUCAUUAUGAGAUAAAAAGUCCAUCCAUCCAUCCAUUUUCUACCGCUUAUUCCCUUGGCUUCAGCGCCCCCCGCAACCCCGAAGAGAUAAAAAGUCAUCAUUGUAAAAUAAAAAGUCAUCAUUGUGAGAUAAAAAGUCAAUUAUGUGAUAAAAAAAAAAAUCAAAAUUAUGAAAUAAAAAGUCAUCAUUGUAAGAUAAAAAGUCAAUUAUGAGAUGAAAAAAAAAUCCAAAUUAUGAGAUAAAAAAAAUCCAAAUUAUGAGAUAAAAAGUCAUCAUUAUGAAAUAAAAAGUCAUCAUUGUGAGAUAAAAAGUCAUCAUUGUGAAAUAAAAAGUAAUUGUGAAAUAAAGAGUCAUCAUUGUGAGAGAAAAAGUCAAUUAUGAGAUAAAAAAUCCAAAUUAUGAGAUAAAAAGUCGUCAUUGUGAGAUAAAAAGUCCAAAUUUUGAGAUAAAAAGUAAUCAUUGUGAAAUAAAAAGUCAUCAUUGUGAGAUAAAAAGUCAUCAUUGUUAAAUAAAAAGUCUUCAUUGUGAGAUAAAAAGUCAAUUAUGAGAUAGAAAAUCCAAAUUAUGAGAUAAAAAGUCAUCAUUGUGAAAUAAAAAGUCAAUAUUGUGAGAUAAAAAGUCAAUUAUGAGAUAAAAAAAAAAUCCAAAUUAUGAGAUAAAAAGUCAUUAUUGUGAGAUAAAAAGUCAUCAUUGUGAGAUAAAAAGUCAUCAUUGUGGGAUAAAAAGUCCAAAUUAUGAGAUAAAAAGUCAUCAUUGUGAAAUAAAAAGUCAUCAUUGUGAGGUAAAAAAAAGUAAUCAUUGUGACAUAAAAAGUCCAAAUUAUAAGAUAAAAAGUCAUUGUGAAAUAAAAAGUAAUCAUUGUUAGAUUAAAAAGUCAACAUUAUGAGAUAAAAAGUCCAUCCAUCCAUCCAUUUUCUACCGCUUAUUCCCUUGGCUUCAGCGCCCCCCGCAACCCCGAAGAGAUAAAAAGUCAUCAUUGUGAAAUAAAAAGUCAUCAUUGUGAGAUAAAAAGUCAAUUAUGUGAUUAAAAAAAAAAUCAAAAUUAUGAAAUAAAAAGUCAUCAUUGUAAGAUAAAAAGUCAA